AAUUUUUAGUUUCCAUUAGAGAUACUGUCAUCUACAACAUGUCUGUGUCUCCUGUUAACUUGUACUGCAAUGAAGCAGUGAAUGAAGUUGCUUCCUUACAAGUUGACAGUAACCAAGUUCAAACUCUUUCUUCAAAUUUAUCAGUUGAUGACGAGAGUUACAUUGAUAGUAUUUUUCUUUCUGAAGUUCAUCAAAUGCCUCAAACCCACUUAGUUACUCGAUUAAUUGAGCUUCCAGAUAUUAUUUCUGCUCGUAGAGAUGUAGUGAAUUGGAUGUUAAAGAUACAAGCUCACUACCAGUUUAGACCUGAAACUGCAAAUCUCUCUGUUAAUUAUUUGGAUCGAUUCCUCUUGUUUCACACUCUGCCGGAAGGGAAAGGAUGGCCUCUGCAGCUAUUAGCAGUAGCAUGUCUAUCAAUAGCAGCAAAAAUGGAAGAAACAAGUGUCCCUCUUCUCUUAGACUUGCAAAUAUUAGAACCCAGAUUUUUGUUUAAGUCAAGAACAGUUCAAAGAAUGGAACUUUUGGUUAUGGCCAGACUCAAGUGGAGAUUACACCUCAUAACACCUUUCCAUUUCUUGAAUUAUUUCAUUGCAAAGCUUUCAACUUUUAGUUGUAAUAAUAAUAAUAAUCUCAGCUCUGUUUUUUCGCGGUCGUCUGAUAUUAUUAUCAACUUACUUAGAGUGGUCAAUUUCUUGGAUUUUAACCCAUCUGCAAUAGCAGCAGCUUCAGUGUUAUGGGUGACAAAUCAAACUAUUGAGGACUCAAAAUUGGAGUGCUUUCACGAAAGGUUGAACAGAGAUAUGGUGAAAAGAUGCUAUGACCUUAUCAAGAAGAAUAUAUCUAAACUGUCACAUAAUAAAGCGCUUAAUUUUAAAGGCACUAUCCCUGCAAGAUGCAAAGCAAAAAAGUUUUGUUAUAAGGAGUUCAAGUCGAGCCAUAGUUCACCUACAAAUAAGUGCUAAAUAAACUUUUGUAAGUUGAAAGUUUUAUCAUAAGGUUGAGAGUGCAUUUUUUUUUUUUUUUUUUUU